UCAAUACCCGUCUUAAUAAUAUGUUUAUAUUCUAUAUUUUCUCAUAAUUUUGCUCUGUUACUCGUGUAAAUUGCAAUAUGUCGCUACUGGAAGAUAUAUUUCUUCAAGACGAAGCUAAUGAGGCUCAGGAAUUGGAGCGUAUUAUCGAGGGAGACGAAUACGAUGAAAGGCCGCGGAAUGAAGAAAAUAGUGAUGCAAAUAGUGAAAAAGAAGACGAAGCGGAAGAAGAUAAAAGACGUGUAGACCCAGCUUCCACUAAAACCAAGAGAGUGAUAAAGAACCCCAGGUUUGUCUUGAACCCAGCCCGAUUGACAGGACCCCGAGGGAUACAGGUUAUUCCAGACCACUUCAAAGACUUUAAAUUUAAAGGUAAAGGCCAUGAAAAAGAAGAUUUAGACUUAGUUCUGAAGAAGCUGGAGCACUGGGCUUACCGGUUGUACCCUAAGUUCCAAUUUGGGGACUGUUUGAAGAAAAUUGAGACCCUUGGCAAGAAGAGACCUGUUAUGGUACACCUCCACAAAAUCCGUUCGGACCAGUUCCUGUCAGAGGAGACGGUGGUCCAAAGAGACUCGAGUGAUGACGAGGCACCAGCGCCGCCUCAGGAGGAGGAUGAGUUCGACAAGUUACUGCAGCAGCAGAUUGAACUGGCUCAUGCCACCCCCACCCCUGGGUCGGUUAGGAAACCUGCUAUGAGUACCCCUAUGCCUGAUAAACGGACAUCCCUAAUGAUGCCGAAAGCUACGUCAUCGCCGUCUAUCAGUGAUGAACAGCGAGAACGUAUGAUGCGAAACAGGAAACUAGCUGAAGAAAGAAGACUUGCUAGGCUUAAAACUGCCAAUACCAACACAUCAACAGAUGGCGUUGUACCUAUGAACACUGGCGACAACAGUGUCAGAGAUGAUACAAGAGCUAAAAAGAAUAAAUUGCAAGUGAUAGAUAGUACAGAUGAUGAAGGUGAUGCUUCAACAGUGAAUCAAGCUAUCAUUGUUGAUGUACAUAAGACCAUUGAUGAGAAUGUUAUUGAUAUCACUGAAGGAUAUACAAACAAAAAUGGAAAUAUAGAAUCAAACGAAAUUAUCGACAUUGAUAAGGAAAUUGAAACUAAUAGAAGGAAACCAAACAAAUCAAAUGUUUUAGACAGUUCAGAUGACAGUGAUGAUGAUUGUAAUGUAACAACAGUGAACGAAGCUAUCACUGUUGAUAUACACGAUAAUAUCAAAAGAGAUGAUACAGCAAAAAUACUUGAUAAAAUAUCUUUGGAUUCAUCAAAAGGUGACACUGACAAAAAUAGCAAAUGUAUAUCUGAAAAUGAAAAUGAUGAUAUGCAAGUUGAAAGUGUUGAAACAGAAGCAAGUAACAAAGUCGACGAAGUCAUUGUUAUAAACAAUAGAGAUGAUAAGAAUACAGAUGAAACAGAAGAAGGAACUGAACAAAUCAAUCUUAAAAGAAAUUCUGUUGAAGAAAAUGAAACAGUUGCAACAAUUGAUACAAAUAAUGGUACAGAAAAUUCUUCAAGUGACCAGAUAUUAAAAAAAGGUGAUGAAACAACACUGGAUGAAGAGAAUAAUGAUGACAAUAAAGACAGUGAACUUUUAGAUGAUGUAAUGGAUGUUGAUUUUACAGAAGAUUUCUAAUUUAACUGCUGUUAAGCAGGGUGAUAGUCUAAAGAUCUUCAUAAUCUGGCUCAAGUUGUCACCUGAUUACUUGUGGAACUUCCCAACCUAUAAGCUUGGGAGUUUAAAUAACCACAUAGAAGCAAUUCAUCUAAGAAAGCAAUAAUGCUAUUUGACAUUUGUUUGCAUGGCCCAUUUAGUAUUGUAAUCAUCUCAUCAUCACCAUCAAAUGUCAUCAUCUCCCUAGCAUUAUCCCGGUUUCACGGGGUGCCACGUCCAGUUUUUUACAGAAGUGACUGCCUGACCUUCCUUUUUUUUUGACGUGAUUUGUUGUAGAUUUGCCGCAGAUGGCAUUAACUACUUGGCCGGACAAAUGGGGAGCGCUGAAGGCUCUCACCCGUUACAACGUUUAAGACAACAGGCCUGAGGGUGCCCAGUUGGGCGCGAACCUCGGCUCAGGGCGUCGUCUGAGAGGAAGAAUAUUGAAAGGAUUAAUCGACCCUAGUGGGUCGAUAGCGAUAAGCGCUGAAUGAGGGAAAUCGUCAACCACGCCGGCGGGGUCGGUAUCAAGGUUCUGAAGGCCUGACCUUCCAACACGCGAAGGGAAAACCACCCCAAUACAGGUUAGGUCACAUACCUCUGAAAAUGCAUUUUUGGGAAUGUGGGGUUCUUCGCGAUGUUUUCGUUCACCUCUGACCAUGUGAUAAUCAUUUAUGUUCCGAACUUGAAUUCGAAAACAAAUUCGACAAUUAUUGGUUUAGGCCUGUGCUGGAUUCGAACCUUCGACCUCAAAGUGAGACGCCUCGUAUAUGCGCAAAUGUCAAAUUGCAAUAUUUCUUUUUUAGAUGAAUCGUUUCGCAGUGGCCUUUUUUAAUGUUGGACUUUAUGUAUAUUUUUCUAAUUUAUUGUUUGUUUUUAAUAUAAAAUCAAGUUGAUCUUGGUUUGUUUUGGUACUAUAUUGGAGCCGAUUUAGGCAAUCGCCAAUUUAAUUUUAACUUAUAAACUAGCUCUCUUUUUCUUGCACUUAUUGUAAAAAAGUAAAGUAAAGUACGGCGAUAUUUUAAGAGCUGUCUAAUAAAAAUAAGGUUAAGUUUGUGUCCCCUCUAAAAGGCACAAUUGUCUGUGUUAGGUGGGCAGCAUGUUUACUAUUAUUUUUUUCGUGUAUAAAUUGAAUAUUUUGUUUUGUCUCAUUAGCUUAUAUUUUAAAACAGUUUUAAAGCUACUACGGUGCUUGGUAAUACCACAGAAAAAAAAAUUCUACCCGUAGUACUUACUACUAAUAUCGGAUUUUGUCGGAGACGCUACGUUCAAGGCCGAAAAUAUAAAACCCACAAACAAAAGCGCUUUGAUCGCAACGUAACGGGUUAAAAAAAACAAAAAGAAAUUGCUAUUUACAAAUAAAGGGUUUAAAAAUAAAAGAAUCCAGAUACCAAUCCAAAAUUUAUUUUAGAAGGGUGCAAACAAAAACCUUAUCACAGUAAACAAAAUUAUCCGUAGCGUAAUAUCCGAAAUAAUUUAUAGUAAUAUUAUAUCCACAAUCUUAACGCUUACCAAAUGCAGAUGAUCUUUGUAUGUGUAGUUAUUUUUUAAUUUAUAAUAAAUUAAUCAACAAAGGAAGCAUUUCUUAACAACUGUAAAAUAAUUUACAAUUAACAUAAUUUGCUUUGUUUUACAAGAGUUUUAAUAUUACAUUUUGGAAUAUUGUAAUGUAAUGAUGCCGAUUCAGGCAGAUACAAACUUAAUUUUGUUUUAAUUUAACAAUGGCCACGAUUCUUGCAGACACCUCCUAAUUUUACUUUAAGUUAUACCUGUCAUUUUCUUAUCCGCCGAAAAGGAAAGGGACGGAUGAUUGACAGCUCUUAUUUUAAGAAGAAUGAGUAAAUGAAUGAAUAACCCGGGCGUAUCAAAAAGGUAUCUCGCUCAGAUGCCACAAUAUUGAGAGCUAUUAUACUAAAAUAAAAUCACAUUUUGCCUGCUAAAAUCGUUACCAUCGACACAAAGUACUUAUUGAGCUUAAAGCUGGUGUAAAGUAAAACAAGUACUCAGAAUAUUUGUCUGUCUAACUUUUAUAAGACUAGCUUCCUUAUAGAUAAGAACUAGCGGAGAAUAGAGCGGGACAAAUAACAUUAUAUUCAACGUUAUGUCUCAUCGGGUCCUUAUUCUAUCUCGCUCACACCCGUUUUAGGAGAAUAGUGACGUAUGUAGUAGCAUGUCUCAGCUUAAAAGGCCACAUUGAUACAAUUCAUUAAAAACCAAUAGAGCGCAAUAUUAACAAAUAAUUGUCAAAUAGCAAUAUUGUUGAGAUAAAUUGCUUCAAUGUAGCCUUUUUAAUGCCCCAGUUCAUAAAACGGGCGUUCUGUAGCAUAAUUUACGAUUCUAAAACCAAAUGCUUUAUUCUUCUUUAGUUAGUGUUUUGUUUUUAUUUUAUUUUACACUCAGCUUCAUACAGUUUCGAGAUACCGUCUUAAAACGUGUUUGUUAUUUUUUCCGUCCUGGUUUUUGAUAAUAAUUGAAAUACUAAAACCUAUAGUAAUAGUAACAAACUUUUGAUGAUUUCUGUAUCUCACUGGUAAACGGCUUGUAAUAUUGUCCCUUACGCAACAGACACCCAAAACUACAUAAAACAAAAUUAACCAUUAAACAUGAAACUAUCCUAUUCACUGUGGUGGUCGAACGAUAAAUAAUUAUUAUUAUGUUAAACCAAAGAUGGAAAUGCAGGGAAUCACGACUAUAAUUUAUAUGUAGUAAGACCUAAAACUAUGUGCUAUAUACAGGUUUAUAUAAUCCACAAAAAUGUUCAUAAUGGUGCCGAUUCCUGUACAGACCAUCUAAUUUUAUUAUAAGGUAUACCUGUCAUUUUCUUAUCUGCCGAAAAGGAAAGAGACGGGUAAUCGACAGGCAUAAACUUAAUGGAACCCAUGUCAAUUUUAGGCAGAAACUUAAGGGUGGCAUUAUAAAAGAAUCUCAGCUGAGACUGCCCUCAAGUCCCUGUUUUUAUAUAAGAACUGUCACAUUGACAUGAUCUUGAUGGCAGUCUCGAAGUUGAGAUUAGUUUAGUAAUACCACUCCCAAACAUCCUUCUCAAAAUUUUACGUAGUCCUAUAACCCGGCAGAAUUAAGUUGACGACACACUUCGAACGGGUUACAUACUAGCGAGAUGCCUAUUUAAUUGCUUGGUUUAUUCAUUCAUUUUAAAAACUGACAGCUGCCAAUCAUCCGUCCCUUUCCUUUUCGGCGGAUAAGAAAAUGACAGGUAUAACUUUAGGUGUCUGUAGGAAACCGCGCCAUUAUAUGCCUUGACUUUUUCUUCAAUGUAAUAACAAGUCUUACUUGUUUUGUCAAAAUAGAGAAGAAAAAUUGACGUCUAGGCAAAAAUGAGUUGAAUUUUUAAGAAUCUUGCCUAAGCCAUAGUAGUCGUCGGGUCAUAAAAGUGUGAUUCAAUCCAUACAGUCUUCGGCUGCGUUUCCAUUGACGCGGAGAUGUGCAGGAAUUGACCAAUCACCGUGAGGGAGAGUGACAGAGCGUCUUCGUUUUCUGCUCUCGAACGCUGUGAUUGGUCAAAUCCGCCCAUCUCCGCGUCAGUGGAAAUCCGGCCUAAACUCAAGCCCGUACGUUAUUACUCCUUAUUUAGGUCCACGUGGUGAACGCUAUAUUUUUUUUCUUAAGGGAUAUAUUGUAAAUAAUGUUAUAAAUACCGACGGCGUGUAACGACACUGUACGGUCACGAGCAUUAAUAUGUAUACACUUUGGUACCAUGUCACAUUAACUUUUUUGACAAAUUGAACUGUAAGUCACUAAAUGUCAAAUAUGUUAGUGCGACAGAGUCCUAAAGUGGGUACAUUAUAUUGCUCAUGACUGUACUAGAUUUAAGACCUUUAGUUUAAAGAGCAAGAGAGAGUUACAAGUAUUUUUGUCUCGCUCUCGCACGUAACAUAGUUGUCGCCUUAAGGUAAAAUGUAACAUAAGUCAGUUGACACUUAAGGAUUUCAUUACUCAAGUUGUGUAAAGAAAUUAAAAAAUCAACCAAGUUAUGAACUCUGCUUCAGAUCAGUAUUUCUCGAUGGAAAUACUUCGUUGAUUAUAAAUUCUGCGAUCUAGCAGGUGAGUAUGAGCAAGACAGAAAGAUAACAGUCUAGUGCGAAA